AGGCUUUACCUCCCCGGUUGACAAACAAAAACCAUUCUUCCAAGAAGUUUACUUAUUUUCAGCCACUUCAAUUUAUGCUAGUGUUGCUGCCCUGCUGGUGGUCAUGCAAGGUGCCCGGCGAUAUGGGUUGCUGUCGGAUGGCGGAGUAAGGCUAGAGCUGACGCCAUCCACCGGUUCUCCGCUGGCUAUAGACGUGAGCGAGUCGACUGAGAUGAGAAUCCAGCGGCUGAUAUCGGAAAACCCGGUGAUCAUCUUUAGCCGCUCUUCUUGUUGCAUGUGCCACGUUAUGAGACGUUUGCUAGCUGCCAUCGGGGUCCACCCUACCGUCAUAGAAUUAGACGAGGAAGAGAUCGACGCACUUCCCGCCGGACAGGAUGGUGAAGAGGGCGGAGAUGGUGGUGGCGGUGGUGGCAGUGGUGGUGCGCCGGCGUUGUUCAUUGGCGGAACACGUAUUGGUGGUUGGGAAAGCCUGGUGGCACUUCACUUAAGCGGUCAUCUUGUGCCUAAGCUCGUGGAAGUUGGUGCUCUUAGGGAUAUGGUAUUAUGAUUAUACUAAGCAGUACUACUAUUAAUUACUAUACUAUAUUUUCAUGUUUGUUUUGGGGACAUUUAAGGGGAAGAAGGAAAAAGAAGCAAAAUAUGUUUAGUUUGUAAUUUAAGCUCAAGUUGAAGUCCCCUAGGAAAGUUCCAAAAAAAAAAAGAAGAAGAAAAAUUAGGGAAAAAAAAUAUAAUAAUUGGUUCUUAGUUUGUUUGAUGUUUUCCCAUGAUUGUGCUUAAGUGUAGUACUAGGUUUUUAGUUGAAAGGAUAAUAGUUAAUGAGGAAAAACAUAUUCCAGUUAAUGAGGUGGCAAUUGUCAUGUGUACUAAGUAGUACUUGUGUGGUUCAAUCAAAUUUGUGUACUAAAUUUAGCAGAAAUUAUUAGUACUAGUACCAUGAGGUUGUUGUAUUAUUGGUUCCUGAGUUGGAGUAUUGUGGUAGAGCUUGGCAGCUUUUUUGUGGUAUGAUGAAUUCAAUUGAUGCUAACUAGUUAGGGAGAUA